GGGGCUGCUGGCGCGGCGCGGCUGCCGCCUCUCCGAGCGCGACUUCGGGCACGUCUGCCGCGGCGUGGCCGAGUCGCACUCCCUGGCGCAGCUCAACCUCAACCUGGGCAUCGUCUCCAACAUCAACCGCGUCAAGCAGCUCGCCGAGGCGCUCAAGACCAACCGCUCCGUCCAGUCGCUCUUCCUCCACGGGAGCCCCCUGACAGAUGCGGGCUUGGCGCUCCUCAACCCUGCGCUCGGCGUCCACCCCUCGCUGGUGGCCCUGGACCUGGGGGACUGCAUGCUGGGCGACGAAGGCAUCAACCUCAUCUGCGGCCUCUUGCCACCCGAUGGGGCCAAGUCCGGUCUUAAAGAGCUGACGUUAAGUGCCAAUCCGGGUGUCACAAGCAAGGGCUGGGGGCACCUGGCCAUUGCAGUGGCUCACAGCUCCCAACUCCGAGUGCUGAACCUGGAUUACAACCCCCUGGGAGACCAGGUAGCAGGGAUGCUCGCUGUUGCUGUGGCCUCCAGUCGAACUCUGGAAGUUUUGGACUUGGAGGGAACCGGACUUACCAACCAGUCAGCCCAGACCUUGCUGGACAUGGUAGAGAAUUACCCCACGGCCCUGCGGACGCUCAUCCUGGCAGAGAACAACAUCAGUCCUGAGCUGCAGCAGCAGAUCUCCGACCUGCUCUCCGAGGGCGAGGAAGAGGAGGAGAGCGAGGCUCGCGAAGUCACAGCCAGGGAGAAGAACCCCUGGAUCUGCCAGAACAACUCCAGCUCCCAGAUGGUCUUGAUGACAUCGGGCCUUGGUGACAGCCUCUUAGCAGAAACAGAAAUGUAGCUGGGCUGCCCUGCCUGCUUCUGCCCCGAAGAUCAGCGUGUGGGUGGCCUGUGCUUGAGCC